AGAAGGAAACUCAGCGAACGCGGUGAUUACCGCAAACAAAAACACCGGACCGUGCCCCGCCGCCCCCGCUUUCCCGCCGCGCCGCCGGCACUGCGCACGCCCGGCGCGGCCGCAUGGAGGAGGAGGAGGAGGAGGAUGGAGGAGGCCGGGGAGCCGCGGAGGGCCCGGCGCCGUCCGGGCGCUUCGUGCGCUGCCUCUACGUGGUGGGAUUCCUGGAUUUAUUUGGGGUGAGCAUGGUUGUUCCUUUAAUGAAUCUUCAUAUCAAAUCUCUAGGAGCAAGUCAUACAGUGGCUGGAAUAAUAGGAUCUCUCUAUGGUGUUAUGCAACUGUUUUCCAGCACAUUUGUGGGCUGCUGGAGUGAUAUAGUAGGAAGACAGUAUUCCUUGCUUGCUUGUAUUCUUCUCAGUGCACUGGGUUACUUCCUUCUUGGAACAUCCACCACAGUGUUGCUGUUUGCCAUUUCUAGAGUCCCUGUAGGUAUUUUCAAACACACACUGUCUAUCUCUAAAGCCCUGCUUUCUGACCUGGUUUCGGAGAGAGACCGCCCUUUGGUAAUGGGACGCUUCAAUGCAGCCUCUAGUGUGGGCUUCAUUCUGGGGCCUGUGGUUGGUGGCUACCUUGCAGAGUUGGAAGGUGGCUUUUAUCAAACGUCCUUCAUCUGUGCCUCUAUCUUCCUUCUGAAUGGUGGUCUUGUCUGGAUGUUACCCUGGAACGAAGAAAACACUGCCAACCGGGAACAUCAAGACAAGGGAACAAAUAGUUUCUCAGCAAAAGCAAAUCAUGACCUGCACUUGAAAUCAGCAGCUAAUAGAACUGUGACAAACAAUAAUGUUUUCCAGUCUCCAUGGAUCCAAGUUGCAACAGUGUUGAAGAAGAUUAAGGAGAUUGCAUGCUCUAACUUGUGGGAUAUAUUUUUAGUGCGGUUUCUGAUGUCUGUGGCUAUACUGCUGUACUAUAGCAAUUUCACUCUGGCCUUGGAGGAGAGAUUUGGAGUGAAACCCUUGUUCUCUGGAUAUUUAACAAGCUACAGCAGUGCACUUGGAGUCCUGGCUGGUUGUUUGCUCGGACCAAUAACAAGGCUCUAUCAGCACAACACUUACAGAAUUCUGUUGCACUCCAGCACUUUCACCUGCACGCUGAUUCUCCUGUACGCAUCGGCACUGAACAUAUGGAUGGUCAUUUUGUCUUCCACAUUCUUAGCCUUUUCAACUACUAUAGGUCGUACUUGUAUCAUUGAUCUUGAAUUGACCAUUGGUGGGAAUGAGGCCAGUGGCACACUUCUAGGUGUUGGACAGUCUGUGACAUCAGUGGGACGUAUAGUUGCCCCACUCCUUUCCGGAAUUGCGCAGGAGUUCAGUCCUUGUGGCCCUCCAAGUCUAGCUGUUGGACUAGCUUUAGUAGCUAUUCUGAUAAUGAAUGCAAACAAACAAAAAUACUGUAGUCAUGGAAAUGUGAAGUUAAAAAAUCAGUAGGCACAACUUUGGAUUGCACAGAUGUAUCUUCACGUGCCAGGCUUGUACAGUGGUUACAUGAUCUUUUAAGAGGGCACAUUGUGUUCAUGUGGAGGCAAGUAUUUCUGCUGCAGGGAUGUUAACUCUAGAUAAAUGUUAUUCUAACUGGUACCACUAGAACUUGUAAGAGGGACCAAUGUUGCUAUGCUGAUAUAUUGUACUGGCUGUGAUUUUUUUUUUAAAAUGGAUUUUUAACCCUUUGAGGGGGAAAAAGAGUAUCAUGAAAUGCACGAAUCCUGCUUGUAGCUCAUAUUUGAAACAGUCUUUAGAUUGAGAGACUGUUAAAAUACAGAAAGUAAUUCUUAUUAUUUAUUCAAAGGUGAAUAUUUGUUAUUUAAUCAGAAGGAGAAUUUGCAAUAUGCUUGUUGGCCUUAAUUUCUUAUGCUGUGGUCAAUUGCCAUUUGUCUGCUGUGACAGUAGCUCAGUUAACAAGAUGUUCGCUUAUGUGGUUUUUUUGAAGCAUACUUUGUCUACAAAACUUGCUGCACACCAUGAUCAGGCACUUUGGGAUAGUCAUCCAACCCCUGCCGAUUCCUGGUCUUUCCCAGGUAACAGAAUUGGGUAUAUGCUAACUUUGUGUAUUAGAAGACCUAAAGUGGACAAUUUUAUAAUAAUACAAGCCGAUUCAGACUGAAACUGAGGCUGAAUGUGAGUGUUACUGAACUUUGAACUGGUGUUUUCUGUUCAGUAAUAACUUCUACUGCUCAGUUUUGUCAUAAAAUAUUUCUUAAUAUUUCCUGUGCAAUUUUUCAACCUUCAUUUUAAGAAUAAAUUUCCCUCCUAAUUCUUUUGAAUGAGUGUAAAGUUGUGCUGGAGCAAGUAGCAGUAGUUCAUGGAUAUUGAAUAAUGCAUCCUCUCUCAUCUCAGGCAUAAGUGACAUUUCAGUGACAAGAGAAAAAUUUUUGUUUGUAUUUUAGUCAUUGUUUGCAUGGCUUGACUAAUGAGAGGUUACUCUCAGAGCUAUACUGGUAGUUGUAGCACUCUUGUGCUAUUUACUCACCAGUGUUUGUGUUUCAUUUGAAACAUAGGAAAAACGUAUUUUUCACUGAUAAGGUUCCAUAUGCUCUUCUUAAUAAUACUUGAUGAAAGUACGAAGUCAACUAUAUGUAACUCUUGGGUUAAGGGAGGGUUUGGUCAAAAACAGUUUAGUUAUCUUCUUGAACACAUCUGUACAAACACUGUUGCUGCUCCAGGUGAGUCAUAGAUGGUGUUUUGCAUUUUUUAUUUUCAUUUUCUUCUUUACCUUUUCCAGUGCCUGCCAGUGUUCAGAUAUUUGUUGAAAUAUUCCAGUGGCAGCACUAUGGAGAAAAAAAAAUACAUAUAUAUAAAACUGAA